AUGUACCGGGAAGCAGAAAAACAGUUUAAAUCAGCCCUGAAGCAGCAGGAAAUGGUAGAUACGUUUCUCUACUUGUCAAAAGUUUACAUCUCGCUGGAUCAGCCUGUGACUGCUCUGAACCUUUUCAAACAAGGUUUAGAUAAGUUUCCUGGUGAAGUAACUCUACUUUGUGGGAUUGCCAGGGUCUAUGAGGAAAUGAACAAUAUUUCAUCAGCAGCUGAAUACUACAAAGAAGUUUUGAAACAAGACAAUACUCACGUGGAAGCCAUUGCAUGUAUUGGAAGCAACCACUUCUAUUCUGAUCAACCAGAAAUAGCUUUGCGGUUUUACAGGCGCCUCCUGCAGAUGGGUGUUUAUAACUGCCAGCUUUUUAACAACCUGGGGCUCUGCUGCUUCUAUGCCCAGCAGUAUGAUAUGACUCUGACCUCAUUUGAACGUGCCCUUUCUCUGGCCGAAAACGAAGAAGAGACCGCUGAUGUCUGGUACAACUUGGGACACAUAGCUGUGGGAGUAGGAGAUGUGAAUCUGGCACAUCAGUGCUUCAGGCUGGCUCUGGUCAACAACAAUAGUCACGCCGAGGCCUAUAACAACCUGGCUGUGCUGGAGAUGCGCAAGGGCCACGUGGAGCAGGCAAGGGCACUGUUACAAACUGCGUCAUCGUUAGCACCCCAUAUGUAUGAGCCGCAUUUUAAUUUUGCAACAGUCUCUGAUAAGAUUGGAGAUCUCCAGAGAAGCUAUGUUGCUGCUCAGAAGUCGAAAGCAGCGUUUCCAGAUCAUGUGGACACUCAGCAUUUGAUUAAACAGUUACAGCAGCACUUUGCGGUGCUCUGA